ACUCUUGGCCGGUGGAUCCAUUUCAGUUGUUUUGAGAGGUCCGACACAGCUGUUGUAUUGAAGAAGCACCAGCCAAAAAAUGACAAAGACCAGAGUAUACGUUAUCGGUGUGGGCAUGACCAAGUUCGAGAAGCCCGGCCGCAGAGCUGACGUUUGCUACCCGGACUUUGCCAAGGAAGCCAUCACCAAAGCUUUGAGUGAUGCGGGCAUCAAGUUCGAGGAAGUGCAGCAGGCUGUGGCUGGCUAUGUCUACGGAGACUCCACCUGCGGUCAGCGAGCUAUUUACGAAGUGGGCAUGACCGGUAUCCCCGUUUACAACGUGAACAACAACUGCUCCACUGGAUCGAGUGCUCUCUACCUGGCCAAGCAGAUUAUCGAGAGCGGAAACUCGGACUGCGUCCUGGCAUUGGGCUUCGAAAAAAUGGAACGAGGAUCCCUCUCCUCAAAGUACUUUGACCGUGCCAACCCCAUGGAGCGUCACAUCUCCGAGAUGAGCGAACUGACCGAGAUCGGAGCUGGACCAAUGGCUGCUCAGAUCUUUGGUAACGCUGGCAAGGAGCACAUGAAAAAAUACGGAACCAAACCCGAGCACUUUGGAAAAAUUGCAUGGAAGAACCACAAGCACUCCGUCAAUAAUCCGUACUCCCAAUUCCGAGAUGAGUACACCCUGGAGCAGAUUAUGAAGUCGCCUCAAGUUGUGGAAGGCGUUCUGACCAAGCUUCAGUGCUGCCCCACCUCUGAUGGAUCCGGAGCAGCCAUCCUGGCCUCCGAGGCCUUCGUCCGCCGCCACGGGCUGGAGAAACAAGCUGUGGAGAUCGUGGGCAUGGAGAUGGCCAGUGAUCCGGAAUCAACUUUUGCGGACAAGAGCCUGAUGAAGAUUGCAGGCUACGACAUGACCCGCCUGGCUAGCCAACGCCUGUUUGCCAAGAGUGGCUACAAGCCUCAGGAUGUGCAGGUAGUGGAGCUGCACGAUUGCUUCUCUGCGAAUGAGCUUGUUACGUACGAGGCUCUUGGCUUGUGUGGAGAAGGCGAAGCCGGCGCUUUUAUCGAUCGCGGAGACAACACCUACGGUGGAAAGUUUGUGGUGAACCCCAGUGGAGGUCUUAUCUCGAAGGGACAUCCUCUCGGAGCCACUGGUCUAGCCCAGUGUGCCGAGCUGUGUUGGCAGGUGCGCGGUCUGGCAGAAAAGCGCCAGGUUCCCAACGCAACGUUGGCCUUGCAGCACAACCUGGGCUUGGGUGGAGCCGUGGUGGUAGCUCUCUACCGUUUAGGAUUCCCUGGGGCCUCUAAAGCCAAAUUGUAAAUAAAAAAAGAUUUUUUGUAAAUAUUUUUAUUAAAUGUGUGAAAUGUUA